AUGUAUACCCUCGGAACUGAUCGGUCUUUCUAUUCCAAGGUCGCCUCUUCCGCGGUCAGUGGCGCUUCUGCAGAGAUUCAGAAUCAAAAGGAAGCGGAGCCGCCAGUAACCGGACACUUACGAUAUCGUACGGAAGUGGAUGCAAUGAAGUUAAACAUGCUACUCUUUUUGUCCACUGUUCCGCUCAUUGUGCGAGAAGGUCGGGUCGGUGAAAAGUUUAAGAGUCCGGAACGUGUACGCCGCAGCUAUGCAUUCGGUUCCGCGUCGAGUUCGGAAAUUGACUUUCCCGUCCGUUCGCUUACUCCCCCUCCGGAAAUCCGAAUGAUUAUGUUCCUAUCAACUUACCAUAUCCUGACAUUCCGCGUCUCACCAUUGGCACUACAUUACGAUAACUUCUGCUCCAUACAGGAAGAUAGCCAAGAUACCGCUCGAGAGUCACAGCGAUUAUCAACAAAAGGAGCUGCGAGUUGUUCCAUGCUAUACCAUAGCAUGCCAGAUUACCAGAGGCACGGAGAAACGGAAUCAAAAUCUGCGUAUAGACCCCAAGGCACACUUCAUGCCUCAGAUUCUGAGGAUGCAUCCGAUCAACGCAAAGCAUAUUUUUACUUCCACGCUCUCGGAUCCUUGGGUGGCGAGAGGAGCUGGUUCUCCAUAGUUGCUUUGUAA